GGGUGUUGGUCCGUUCAGGGCGGGGGAUGACUCACGGCCCAUCCCAUCGUCCCGACGCCGCCCGCCCGCGCAGAGCUCGCUCCAUGGCUUAGCGGAGGAGGCGGCGGCGAACGGGGGGAGGGGGACUCUUAUUUUGUUAGGGGGACCGGGCCGGGGCCCGACCGGCCUGGCAGGGCUCGCCCGGGGCCGGGCGUCAUGUCUCAUGCGGCCGAGCCAGCUCGGGACGGCGUAGAGGCCAGCGCGGAAGGCCCUCGAGCCGUGUUCGUGCUGUUGGAGGAGCGCAGGCCAGCCGACUCGGCCCAGCUGCUCAGCCUCAACUCUUUGCUUCCGGAAUCUGGGAUUGUUGCUGACAUCGAAUUAGAAAGCGUCCUCGAUCCGGACAGCUUCUACGAGCUGAAAAGCCAGCCCCUACCCCUACGCUCAAGCCUCCCAAUAUCACUGCAAGCCACCCCAGCUCCACUCUCUGCAUCGUCUUCUGCAGGGGGCUCCAGGACCCCUGCCAUGUCGUCCUCUUCUUCAUCGCGGGUCUUGCUGCGGCAGCAGCUCAUGCGGGCCCAGGCCCAGGAGCAGGAGAGGCGUGAGCGACGGGAACAGGCCGCAGCCUCUUCCUUCCCCAGCCCUGCCCCUGCCUCUCCUGCCAUCUCAGUUGUGGGCGUCUCUGCAGGGGGCCACACACUGGGCCGUCCUCCCCCUGCUCAGGUGCCCAGGGAGGUGCUCAAGGUGCAGACCCACCUAGAGAACCCGACGCGCUACCACCUCCAGCAGGCACGCCGGCAGCAGGUGAAACAGUACCUGUCCACCACACUCGGCCCCAAGCUGGCUUCCCAGGCCCUCACGCCACCACCGGGAGCUGCUGGCGCCCAGCCGCUACCAGCGCCCGAGGCUGCCCAUGCUGCUGGCCCCACAGGCAGCGCCCCCAAUAGCCCCAUGGCCCUCCUCACUAUUGGGUCCAGCUCAGAGAAGGAGAUUGACGAUGUCAUUGAUGAGAUCAUCAGCCUGGAAUCCAGUUACAAUGAUGAGAUGCUCAGCUAUCUGCCCGGAGGCACCGCAGGGCUGCAGCUUCCCAGCACGCUGCCUGUGUCAGGGAAUCUGCUUGAUGUGUACAGUAGUCAGGGCGUGGCAACGCCAGCCAUCACUGUCAGCAACUCCUGCCCGGCUGAGCUGCCCAACAUCAAACGGGAGAUCUCUGAGACUGAGGCCAAGGCCCUUUUGAAGGAACGACAGAAGAAAGACAAUCACAACCUAAUCGAGCGUCGCCGGCGAUUCAACAUUAACGACAGGAUCAAGGAGCUGGGUACCCUCAUCCCAAAGUCCAGUGACCCGGAGAUGCGCUGGAACAAGGGCACCAUCCUGAAAGCCUCUGUGGAUUACAUCCGCAAGUUGCAGAAGGAGCAGCAACGCUCGAAAGACCUGGAGAGCCGGCAGCGUUCGCUGGAACAGACGAACCGCAGUCUGCAGCUCCGAAUUCAGGAGCUAGAAUUGCAGGCACAGAUCCACGGUCUGCCGGUACCUCCCACCCCGGGGCUGCUCCCCCUGGCCACAACUUCAGCCUCUGACAGCCUCAAGCCAGAGCAGCUGGACAUUGAGGAGGAGGGCAGGCCAGGCACAGCAGCAUUUCACGCAGCGGGGGGAUCUGCCCAGAGUGGCCCCCAUCAGCAGCCCCCAGCGCCACCCUCCGAUGCCCUUCUGGACCUGCACUUUCCCAGCGACCACCUGGGGGAUCUGGGAGACCCGUUCCACCUGGGGCUGGAGGACAUUCUGAUGGAGGAGGAGGAGGAAGGGCUGGCGGGGGGACUGUCGGGCGCCCUGUCCCCACUGCGGGCUGCCUCUGACCCCCUGCUCUCGUCGGUCUCCCCCGCUGUCUCCAAGGCCAGCAGUCGCCGCAGCAGCUUCAGCAUGGAGGAGGAGUCCUGAUCAGGCCUCACCCCUCCCCUGGGACAUCCCCACCCAGGAAAGGAGGACGCCUCAAGAUGAGGCCCCACCUUUUCCCCCCCACCCUCCUGUGAGACUGCCCUGCCCAGGUGUUGGGGGGAAGAGCA